AUGGAAAGUCAAUUAGGUCCUAAUAAAUCACUUGGUUUAUUACAGUUAAAUUUUAAUGAUUUCCUUAUUGCAUUUUCUAAUCAAACAUUUCAUGAACAAUUUUGCAAAAUUUAUCAUACUUUUCAAUAUUGUUAUCAAAAAUGUAACCAUAAUUUCCUUUUAGAGCUUCUUACGAGAAGCUCAGAGAUAAUAGAUCACUUUUGUGUUUAUAAUUAUCAAGCCAUACAAGAUAAAUUUCCAUGUUUAAAUAAAAUAAAUUAUAAAAUAUCUAAACAAUGUUUAAAGGGAUGUACUUCUAAACAUAAAGCUGUAACAUCAAUAAUGCAAAAUUUUAAACAUCUUGCAAUGAAUGGCGAUUCAACACAGGCUGAAAAAUACCUUAGUGAUGGUUGUGAAUAUGUGACAUGCUCAUUACAUUGUGACAUCCCAACAAUUGCAUAUAAUUGUGAUUAUGAAACGGCAAAUCUUGUUAUAAAUAUAACAAGAAAAUCAUUUAACUCAAUACAAAGUGUUGCUCUUGAUACUGGAGCAAUAUCAAAAUGGCCAAAGACAUGCUUUGAUUUAAAAACAUACUCAAUCCCGACACCACCACCACCACUAACAACAACUGCCAAUCUACCAUCAAUUAAGUUGGAUGUUAUAAAAACAAAAGUACAGGAAGCAUCACUAAACAAUCAUUCUCCACCGCCUCAUUCAUUAUACCUUUCACUUUUAAUAAUUUUAAUCUUUAUAAUUUUAAAUUUUAAAAUAUAA